AUGCACAUGAAAUCCUUCACUCACGGUUCAUUGUGCAACACUGCUAGCGGUUGCCUAGGGUCACGGGACCUCCACCACCUCUUCCUCACCUCGCUGCCUGCCGUGAUCCUCCACGGCCACACAUCUCAUCCCAUUGGGCCUUCCACCUACGGGUCAUCUGCGGCCCCGACUCAGGAGUACGCAUUUGAUGCUGUGCUGCUAGACUUUGAUGGCACGAUUCUCGACACGACGCAAGCCGUCAUCAAAUUCUGGCAUAGUAUCGCCGCAGACCUCGGAAUUAACCCCUCAACUGUCCUUUCCACUUCGCACGGAUGCCGCACAAUUGAUACCCUUGCGCUGUACGACCCUACCAAGGCAAAUUGGGACUAUGUAAGCGCAAUGGAAUCCCGCAUCCCAUACGAAUUCAGCACCGGUGUAAACGUCUCCGAAAACGCAAGGGCACGCUGGGGCAUCGUAACAUCCGGAACACAGGCAUUGAUUAACGGGUGGAUCGACAGGCUUGGGUUAGUCCGUCCGAGCAUACUUGUUACGGCUAAGGAUGUGCAGAUCGGGAAGCCAGACCCGCAGGGGUAUCUGCUUGGCCGGGACCGGUUGGGGCUUGGGGUGGAAAAGUCGAGGGUUUUGGUGGUUGAGGAUGCCCCCGCGGGGAUUCGGGCGGGGAAGGCGGCUGGGUUUGAGGUUCUGGCUGUUAGGACGUCGCAUUCGUUGGAGGAGUUGAGUCUUGCUGGGCCGGAUUGGAUUGUGGAGGAUUUGAGGAGUGUAAGGGUGGUGGGGGUUCAAGGGGGGUGGUUAGGGUUGAGAUUGGGGGGGCUUUUGUUUAGAUGA